CAGCUAGGGGGUCCACACUUUGGUUACCAUGUGCUCUUAGGAAGAAGAGACGCUAGAAGUGCAAGCAAUGAAGCUGCAAAUACAAGCCUUCCUUCCCCAUCUUCAAGCUUCUCAGAGCUUCUCUCUAACUUCAAGUCUCAUGGGCUGGGCCUUAAAGACCUUGUGGCCCUUUCUGGGGCCCACACUAUUGGAUUUGCUCAAUGUUCCUCUUUUAGGGAUAGGAUCUACAAUGACACCAACAUUGACCCAAAACUUGCAUCCUAUUUGAAAUUACAAAAGUGCCCUCAAAGUGGUGGAGAUAGUAAUUUGGCACCAUUUGAUUCCACUAAUAAAAUAUUUGACAAUGUCUACUACAAGCAAUUGUUGGAUAACAAGGGGCUUCUUCAUUCUGAUCAAGAACUCUUCAAGGGGAAUAAUAGUGAGAGUGAUAGGUUGGUGAAGCUAUUUACUAGGAAUCCAGUUGCUUUUGCUAAAAGAUUCGGACAUUCUAUGAUCAAGAUGGGUAACAUGAAGCCUCUUACCGGAAAUGAGGGUGAGAUUAGAAUUAAUUGUAGAAAAGUUAAUUAAUAUUAAUAUUUGUAUUUGUAUCUUGUUAUUGUAAAACUGUAGACUUUAUGAGGGGCAUUUUUGUCAAUUUAUCUUUAAAGUUAGCGUAAACCAGUUGUGAACGAGGUUGGCAAGAAUGCAAUAUAUAUAUCAUGUAUGGGGAAUAAACAAGAAAUAAGUCUCUUGAC